AUGGGUUAGAGAGAAAUAACUAUUUGAUAGCAACAAUUGUUCUUAUUUCAUUUGUUUUUUUAGAAAAGUAAAAUCUCAUACUGUAUUAGCAGACAAAACCUUGUUUUGUGGAAUUCAUGGAAAGUAAGUAUUUUUAUUAUUAUGUUGAUUUGCUUACAAAGGAAUAGCCAUAGUAUCUAUUCUAUUCUGAAUAGGUGACCAUAGGAUUAAGCAAUUAAAUUUGGAAUUGGAAACAAAGAAAACACUUGCAUAAAGUUUCAAUGUAGAUAUCAGAAAGAGUGAGUUUACAGAUAAAAAACAGCACCAUAAACAAUAAUUUUCAAUAGUUUUUUUUGUUAAUAUUUUGACGGAUAACAUUCCUUUGUAUUUGGGAAAGGCUUGGAUGUAAAAUAGUAUUUCUUAUAUUUUAAAGAUGUUUAUACUGACAAAACUGACUGAACAAUAUAGUAAAAUUAUUUUAAAUUUCUUGUAUAAUUUUAGGUUGAUAUUUAGAUACUGAUUUUAAGUUUCUCAUUGUACUAAAAUUCAUAAAAGUUUGUUCAAUUAAAAGUUGUAAUUGGUAGUACCAUAGAAACUAAAUACCAACAAAAAAUAUAUCAUGAGAACAUUACCACUGUUAUAAGAAUACAAAAAUUCAGACCUGAGGCUUCGUCUCAAAUGGAAAAGUAUACAGAAAAGCUAUAUCUUACUGAAAGAGACUGAUGGAAGAUUAUAUUAACAAGAAAUGUAAUUGACCUAACCUAAAAAAAAAAAAAAAAAAGGAAUCUAAUGGAUUCAGCAAGAUUGCAGGAUUACUUCUUAUCAUUUUGGAGAAAACUUAAACCAGAUCAAUUUUCCAGUUCUUAUAACCAAAAAUAAAAAAGCCAUUCUUCUGCAAGAUAAAGGAGAAAAGGGAGUUUAGAAAAUGAGUGUCCAGAGAAGGAGAUGAUAUAAGCAGGAUCAGUCCUGGGUCUGACUGCAAUGUACAAUGGUUAAAAUCAUGGGAGUGAAAGACCAUAUGAAUUUCAAUUGAGGUACUUUAUUCUUCAUAUCACUUUUACAUUUAUACCUAGUAAAGCUUUUUUAAACUUGAAAGUAAUUAUUUUAUUUUUCCAGCACUGACAGAAUUCAGAAGAAACUUAACCAUGAGAAACCAUAUAAGGGUGACAACAUUUAUUCUUGUCAGACUAACAGAUGAUCCAAACUGGCAGAUUGUAAUUUUCCUUUUUCUAUUUCUAACAUAUUUAUUGAGUGUCACUGGAAAUCUGACCAUUAUUCUGCUCACAAUAUUGGAUUCCCAACUCAAAACACCCAUGUAUUUCUUUCUUAGGCAUUUUUUGUUUUUAGAAAUGUCAUUCACAUCUGACUGGAUCCCGAGGUACCUGGUCAGCAUUGUGACUCUGGAUAACAGGAUUUCCUAUGAUGCUUGUAUGACACAAUUAUUUUUUGCCAUCUUCUUGGGUGCAUCAGAGUUCUUCCUGUUGACUGCCAUGUCCUAUGACCGCUAUGUGGCCAUCUGCAAACCCCUUCGCUAUGCAACGGUCAUGAACAACAGAGUCUGUAUCCAGCUGCUUGUUACCUCUUGGUUAGCUGGGUUGUUAACCAUCUCUCCUGGACUUAUCAUGGGCUUGAGGUUUGAGUUCUGUGAUGCCAACAUUAUUGACCACUUUGGCUUUGACUAUUCUCCUGUCCUGAAACUCUCCUGCACAGACACACGGUCCAUAGAAUUGUUAGGUUUUAUCACAGCCACUGUCAUAGUGCUGAUUACGCUGGCACUGGUGACACUCUCCUAUGCAUACAUUCUGAGAACAAUUCUGAAGAUCCCUUCUGCCCAGCAGAGGAAGAAGGCUUUUUCCUCCUGUUCCUCCCACAUGAUUAUUGUCUCUAUCUCUUAUGGCAGCUGCAUUUUUAUGUAUAUUAAACCUUCUGCAGAGGAGAGGGUAGCUUUAAACAAGGGGGUAGCAGUGCUCAACACUUCAAUUGCACCUCUCUUAAAUCCUUUCAUAUAUACUCUAAGAAAUAAGCAAGUAAAACAAGACCUGAAGGAUGUAAUUAGGAGAUGUAUCUUUAUUACAUAA